GUCUUGUCAAAUCUGUAACUGCAUAUUUAUUUAUAAAUCUCUCUUCUCUUUACUCAUUCUCUUCUCUCUCACUUUCUCAAACAAUCUCUCUCUCUGGCAUUUGGAUUUGGAAGUGCUUUUUGUAUAUAUAUCCAACAAAGGAAUCAGAUCGGAGAUGUCGGAUGUUUCCGGUGACGGAGAUUUAUCGGCGACGGUUACUGAACAUGAAGUAACUCCACAACCGCCGGUUUCUUCGGCGACGUAUCCGUCAUUAACGGUGUCGGCGUCUUACAAAGAGAGCAGCGGAGGUAAAAGCUCGUCGAAGAGGAGACCAAUAAGGCCGAGUUUCGACGCUGCGGCUGAUAAUGAGUUUAUUACUUUGCUUCAUGGCUCGGAUCCAGUGAAAGUGGAGCUUAAUCGACUAGAGAAUGAAGUUAGAGAUAAGGAUCGGGAGUUAGGAGAAGCAAACGCUGAGAUCAAAGCGCUUAGGUUGUCUGAGAGACAAAGAGAGAAAGCUGUUGAAGAGCUUACUGAGGAGCUUACUAAGUUGGAUGAGAAGCUCAAGUUGACUGAAUCCAUUCUCGAAAGCAAAAAUCUAGAAAUCAAGAAAAUCAAUGAGGAAAAGAAAGCAUCAAUGGCUGCUCAGUUUGCUGCUGAAGCCACUUUAAGAAGAGUCCAUGCUGCUCAAAAGGAUGAUGACAUGCCUCCUAUUGAAGCCAUCCUUGCUCCAUUAGAAGCUGAACUUAAGCUUGCACGAUCAGAGAUUGGAAAGCUUCAAGAAGAUAACAGGGCUUUGGACCGUCUGACUAAAUCAAAGGAAGCUGCCUUACUUGAAGCUGAGAGGACCGUUGAAGCUGCCAUGGCAAAAGCCGCUAUGGUUGAUGAUCUUCAGAAUAAGAACCAGGAGCUAAUGAAGCAAAUUGAAAUCUGUCAGGAAGAAAACAAAAUUCUAGAUAGAAUGCAUAGGCAGAAGGUUGCUGAAGUGGAAAAGCUUACUCAGACAGUACGAGAGCUAGAAGAGGCUGUUCUUGCAGGUGGUGCUGCUGCAAAUGCCGUGAGGGAUUACCAGCGGAAAUUUCAAGAGAUGAAUGAAGAGCGGAAAACUCUUGACCGGGAGCUUGCACGUGCAAAGGUUACAGCAAACAGAGUUGCCACUGUGGUAGCAAAUGAGUGGAAAGAUGGUAAUGAUAAAGUGAUGCCUGUGAAGCAAUGGCUCGAAGAACGAAGGUUUCUACAGGGAGAAAUGCAGCAACUUCGUGAUAAGCUCGCCAUAACAGACCGGGCUGCAAAAUCCGAGGCACAGUUAAAAGAGAAGUUUCAACUGCGGCUUAAAGUGCUUGAGGAGACACUUCGAGGAACUUCAAGCAGCGCCACCAGGAACACACCCGAGGCAAGAAGCAUGAGUAAUGGACCUUCUCGCAGGCAGUCGCUUGGUGGAGCUGAAAACUUACAAAAAUUUACAUCAAACGGUGCUUUAUCAAAGAAAGCUCCAGCAUCUCAGAUGAGGCAUUCAUUGUCUAUUAAUUCAACUUCGGUGUUGAAGAAUGCUAAAGGAACAUCUAAGUCAUUUGAUGGAGGCACAAGAUCCGUGGAUAGAGGCAAAGCACUUUUAAACGGACCUGGGAAUUAUUCCUUCAACAAGGCUACUGAUGACUCUAAGGAAGCAGAGUCAGGUAAUGGGUGGAAAGAAAAUUCAGAGGAGAAGCCACAAAGUGAAGACCCUGAAGCAGCAACUGAGGACAGUGUCCCUGGUGUUUUGUAUGAUUUACUACAGAAAGAAGUAGUUUCUUUGAGGAAAGCCUCUAAUGAAAAGGAUCAAAGCCUCAAAGACAAAGAUGAUGCCAUCGAGAUGCUAGCGAAGAAGGUGGAAACAUUAACAAAGGCAAUGGAGGUUGAAGCAAAGAAGAUGAGACGGGAAGUAGCUGCAAUGGAAAAAGAAGUUGCUGCAAUGCGUGUGGAGAAAGAUCAGGACGCCAGAGCCAAAAGGUUUUCAAAUAGCAAGAGCCCAUCCAACACCGCCCAGAUUCUUGCGGGAAGAGCUGCUGGACGAAGUGGCGGGUUAACGAAGAGUACCCAGUGAAGGGAGAUUCAAGAAAAUAACAAGUAAAAGAAUGUCCUUGGCUCUUGUUAUUCAGCUGUUUUAACCUUAUAUCAUGGCUUUUACUUUGUUUUUGUUUACCUCAUGUGAUUGGUUGUAUCACCAUAUAUAACUUAGCAUGCUGAUAAUCCCAUCCUCACACCUAUAACCUAGUAAAAAGAUAAGAAAGAGAGUUUGUGACAUAGAUUUGGUGUUAAAGUGGUUAGAGGGAGGAGAAGAAAAGCCGAGGGAGAGAGUGAGAGAUGUUGACAUUUUGGCUAACAUUUUCAUCUCUCUUUUCGGGAGUUAGUUUGUUUUUGGUGUAUAGGUUUGGUAUUUGGCUUCUCUAGAGCUUGUGUACCUCUGAUUCCUUUUAUUUGUUUGUUACUCUAUUGCACUCUUUGUGUGAUUUAUUCGUUUGUAUUUUGGGUUUGCUGAUAUAUAAUAUAUGAUUUGAUAUAUUUGAACAAA